AGAUGACGCACAAAGUUUUCAGGCGUGUCGAAAAGCAGUCGCGCUUGCGUACUUACAUAUGUUCAUCGUGUUCGUCGUUGUGGUGGUUACGGUUCAGAGAUAGUAGUGUGCAACAGUAGAAUAGGACUUAUUGAGUAAAGCAUUUAUGGAAAGUGAGCGAAAGUGAUAGAGUGCCAUGAUAAAGUUGUACGAGUGGACAAUUGAAUCUUAUAAUUGAAAGUCCAAAAAAAAGGUGCGUUCACGAUAAAGGUGUCGAAGAAGUGAAUCGUGAUUGGUGAAUCUUAGACGGCCAUUAUUGUGCGCCAUUCGGUCUCCGGUGCAGAUCCGCGCAGCGAAAGGGCAGAUGCCCUUACGCGGUUCGUGUUCCCAUUGGUGGGUACGCGUUAAUCUACCCGGAUCGACACACUUCGUGAGAUCCGGUAGUAUUUCUCAAAACGUAUUCUUGAACAUACUAAAUUUAAAAAAUAUAAAGACAAGUAAAUCAACCACCUCCUGUGAAAAGCGAGUCUUUUGAUAGUCGACUCGAUAGUUGUGUGAUCUCUGUCUAAUAGCAACAGUAGCAACCGCAGCGCCGUCAACAACACGACAACGAUAACGACGACAGUAGCGCCAUCAGCGCGACCGCCAUCGCAGCGAAAAGAAACAGUAUUCCUUUGAGGAAAGAAGAAAUGCCUGUAGGUUCGCGAUCAGUGGCGCGACCAAAGAUGGAGGCCACGUCCAGUUUGUAACACGCAGCCAAGUCUCGUUCAAAGCGCACCAACGGAGCCACGAAGCGCUCCUCGAGUCGGCUGUCCAAAGUCGCUUUUGCCCCGUGCUACUUUUCUUCGUGAGCCCCGCGAGGCUGGAGAAUGGAGCUACGCGUUGGAAAUAAGUACCGGCUCGGACGGAAAAUCGGGAGUGGCUCCUUUGGCGACAUUUAUCUAGGUACCAAUAUCUCUACCGGCGAGGAAGUCGCCAUCAAGCUAGAAUGUAUAAAAACGCGGCAUCCACAGUUACACAUAGAAUCAAAGUUCUACAGGAUGAUGCAAGGUGGUGUUGGAAUACCAACUAUAAAAUGGUGUGGUUCAGAAGGUGACUACAAUGUAAUGGUAAUGGAGCUACUAGGUCCAUCAUUGGAGGAUCUAUUUAAUUACUGUUCAAGAACUUUUUCUUUGAAAACAGUCUUGCUUCUCGCCGAUCAAUUGAUAAGUAGAACGGAUUAUAUUCACAGUCGCAAUUUUAUCCAUCGAGACAUCAAACCAGAUAAUUUUUUGAUGGGCUUGGGAAAAAAGGGAAAUCUCGUAUAUAUUAUAGAUUUUGGAUUGGCCAAAAAAUAUCGCGAUGGCCGUACUCACAAACACAUACCGUAUCGAGAAAACAAGAACUUAACAGGGACAGCCAGAUACGCGAGUAUUAAUACACAUUUGGGAAUUGAACAAUCACGACGAGAUGACCUUGAAUCCUUGGGAUAUGUUCUUAUGUAUUUCAAUAGAGGUAGCUUGCCCUGGCAAGGUUUGAAAGCUGCAACUAAACGACAGAAAUACGAACGUAUUUCUGAAAAGAAAAUGUCUACACCUAUCGAAGAAUUAUGCAAGGGUUAUCCUGUUGAGUUCGUGCAAUAUCUAAGGUAUUGUCGAGGACUACGAUUCGAGGAAAGGCCGGACUAUUCGUAUCUUCGGCAACUUUUCCGGACGUUGUUCCACGAAGAAGGCUUCACAUACGAUUAUGUCUUCGAUUGGAAUAGGCUGAAAUUCGGUAAUGUGAGGCAACAAACAUUGUCUUCGACUCAACAGACACCGAUGCAAUCGCAACAUACGAAUGCAGCGCUGCCUUCUGGGACUAAUAAUGAUCAAGAACAUCGAUCUAGCCCUUACACCCGGCAGUGUUUGGCAAACAUAUCAGUGGGAACAGUGGGUCCGACUGUAGGUGGAACAACUACAAAUUUGAGAAGCAUGCGGCAAAAACGCGAGGCGAUAGACGCUCUUCGCGAUCAGGACAAUCAGGAGAGCGAUCUUCAAGGUAAACCACAGUUCUACCCAAAAUUAUCUUCUAAGCCGGUUAUAACCCAGCAAAAAAUGCGGCUCGAGCAUCCGCAGCUAACUAGCAACGAAACGCCACGCGUGAAUCCGUGUCAGUUCAGUACAUUCAAAUCAUCACCGGUUAGAAUAGCGCCAGAUGCGUCCCUGGACAUUGCGGGUCUUAAUUUAGGACCCCGCGAAACAACUUCGAAUCGUGCCGAAUUGAACUGCACUACGUCCCGUGACUAUUCAGUGAACAGAUUGCCCGAUGGUAGUCCGAAUGCAUCGUUUCGUCAACCGGAUAAACAGAGUUAUUUUUUUCAGUCAUAUAAAACCGAGAAAAACUUCGAGAUGAUGAUGUUUGAUCGUCCUGUUCACGAUGAGAAAAAAGUUGAUCACGGGGAUGAUGUCGUGGCAUCCGGUGGCUCAUUGAAUUGUUUCAGUAGCGUGGAGAAGGAGAAAGGCGCUGAUUACGAUGACAAGAAGCAAAAAGGUUCCACGCUCGGUGGCCGCCAUCACAUUUCGACCCACGAUGCUCGUCGUGAUUCUGGAAACGUAGAAUUCCUUGAAAAAGAAGGCGAGAUUUUCAAGAUAAGCAGUAGCGAAUUAUUGCAAGAUGCGUCGGCCAAAAAGAAACGAAACUUUUCUUUCAGUAACAAAGAGAAGACGCACAGAAGUUUAGAAUCGUUAGAAAGAAGUAUAGAUUUGUCGGCUAAAGAUUCGAAAAGUUUAGAUCUGUUGUUCGAGGAACGAUCGAAAGCAUUUUUUCAUGGGAAACAAAGAAGCCUGGAUUCUUCCCAGAAGUCAAAAAAGUCCAUGGAUUCGUCCGCCAACAAAGCGCGAAAGCGGCCGAAUUUCUUUCAACGUGUUCGAAGAAGCUGGCAUUUUUUACUCAUGCAGCGCAGAAUCAAGCAACGAAAUAAAUAUGAACGGCCACUGAGCGGUAGAGAAAAAUGCGAAUAUUUUUUGCGCCGACUCCAUAAAAAUGAUUGUCUUGAAAAUGAUUUAAGCUUGUCGAUCAAUCAUUCGCAGACAGAGUUGAAUCUAAGUUUUUUGUCUAAACCUGAUGAUAUAAAGAAAGAUGAAUUAAUUUCGAACGAGAAAAAAGAUGAGAAAGAAAUUAAAGUCGUGAUAGAGGAUGCUAUAAUUGUAAUGGAAGAUGCUAAAUUUCGCGUAAUAGAUGAGGAAAAUAAAUUACCUGAUGGAGAUAUCGAUGAUAAGCCACCGGAAGAAAAUGAUGAAAAGCCCCCGUUGGUCAAUGAAAAUGAUAUUGCACGAAAAUUACAAGAAGUAAUAGGAACUGAAAAGAAAGAACAUAUCGUUGAUUGGGUAGUCACUAUAGCAAAUUUAGACGCUUUGAGUCAUGCUACCCGUUCGAACGAAUCUGUCAGUUAUGGUAUAUUGCAUGGUACCCUUGGUAUAUUGAAGGGUAUUCUUUUUGAUAUUUUUCUCUGUGUAUGCAUCUAAUAUUAUUUUGUAUGCAAUUUAUAUUUAUCGAAAUCUUACAUCACAUAAACACGCAGUGAGCAACUUUUGUUAUUCAUAUUGAUAUUUUUCGUAUGUUGUUAUGCCAAUUUUUUACACUUUCAUCACUGUGUCAGGGUCAAUAAGGUACAAUCUCCAAGUUUCUAGUUUCACUCGGGACAGGUGAGAAUUAUGACGUUGAAUAUUACAAUGAACAAAUAUUACUGAAGCUACUAUUGCACCAAUAGCACUUCUAUUGUUUAGGAUUAAGAUUAAUUCUACCUUUUCUCAUGACCUGAAAAACAUCGACAUUGCAAGUACUAUUAUACUCGUCGGGUUGUGUCGUAGAACCUGUUUCAAGGUAUUCUGUUUCUAAACUUCGCGAGCUUUCACAACACAUACAACUACAAAUAUUUUUUUAAAAUUAUAGAAUAUCUUUUAAGGGCGCACAAAAAUGUAACUGUUAGAUUUGUUAUUUUGUAUUGCUGAAUUUUUUCGAUCUCUACAACUAUAUUUAAGAUAAAAUAUUUUUAUUGUAUCACUGCCAUUUUUGAAUCUCUUUAAAAAGCUAAAUAUUUUUUGAUAUCUCUAUUUUUUCAUCCGUCAGCCACAAAACCACCCACCGUUAACGAAUCUUUCUUCUGAUUCCAUGUAUAAAUCUCAUUUUCAAAAUUGUUAAAUAACAAAAAAUAAUAUGUGGACCCGUCCAACAUGUUUUGACUAAUAAAAUGCCUUUAAAAAGAAACGCCUUUAUAUUAAUGACUGAUUAAACGUAAGCGACGAACGAUCUUCGUCAGAUGUACAGAGAGCCAAAA